AUGAACCUUCCCCUUUCUCUCUCUCUCUCUCUCUCUCUCUCUCUCUCUCUCUUUCUCUCUUUCUCUCCUGAUAUUCAUUUUUACAAUAAAGUCCUUUUUAAAAGAAUUAGUACAACCAACUGCUCUUCCUGCUAUGCACCUUUACCCGUUGAUUCACGUCAUCAUACCUGCCAAGCAUGCAGAGAACAAGUAGCAGCAUCUCGCCGCAGACGUCUUGCCGAAGACCAACAAGAAGAAGCUAGCGUUGCUACUAGACCUAGAGGCAGACCAAGAAGAACAGUCGAGUCCGUUGAUGCUGAAAGUAGACCCAGAGACAGGCCCAGAUCUGACCAUACCAACAGUAUGCCAGCCGCAUACAUCUCACAGAUAUCCCGCCUUCGUCCUUUGGACCUUGGACGUAUGUACAAGGAGUGUCCCCACUGUCACGCCCUACACUGGAUAGAUGAAAGGCAAAAGACAUCUUCAAUGAGAAAUCCCAGCUGGGAGUCAUGCUGCAAGCAGGGAUCAGCCCAGUUGCAACUCUUGCCUGAUCCACCUGAGUACUUGAAGAACUUGCUCGAACGUAAGGACACUCAAGGCCGUCACUUUAAGGACAACCUUCGCCAGUACAACGCUGCCUUUGCCUUUACUUCGUUGGGCUGCGAUAUUGUUUCGCCUGAGGAUCGUGCCAACAACAACAACAACAGCAGCAGCAGCAACAACAACAAUAACAAUAGAGAUCCAUGGCGCACUUUGCUACCGUCAAGGCCCCUUGACUCCAGUUGA